CCGGGGAAUCUGAGGAAGGAAGGACUCGGCCAAUCUGAGAGACAAAUGCAGGAAGUGACAUUUAUUGAGCGUUAUCUGUGUAUUAUUUCUCCUGGCCUUACAAGGCUGUGCAUUUUGUAGAUGAGGAAGCAGAGGCAUAAUAAAUGUUUGCUGACACCAGCAAGGUGGCUACCAGCCAACUCGGACCACCAUCGGCCACAGAUUCCAGCCCCGAAUCCCUCUCCACUCAAGAUAGCCGUUGGCCCUAUCCUGGAGCCACGGGAGUCUUGAGGAACGGCCCAAACGCGGGGGUGCUUUUCGAAGAGGUCCCUCGGUAAGAAAAGUCGGCCCAGGAACCAGCCCACCGAACAGAAACCUCCACGUAAAUUUCGGAACACGACUCCCGGGAGGCGGGGCCGCAGCGCCGGCGGGAAACCUCCACCAGCUGCUUCCCGCUAGGUGCCGCCGCGGGAAUGGCAAGCAUGGGGUCUCUCGUGUUGCGGCCCUGGAUUCGAGAGUUAAUCCUGGGGUCAGAGGCACUCCCAAGUCCACAAGCAGGGCAGCUCCUUAAGGUGUUGCAGGACGUGGUGACCGCGGGCCCGUCCCACGUCCCUGACAUUCUUGACGGCGGAGCCAUGCUGCUUGUGUCCGACGGGACUCACAGUGUCAGAUGCCUGGUGACACAAGAGGCUCUGAACACUUCAGACUGGGAGGAGAAGGAGUUCGGAUUCAGCGGGGCCGAGGGCCGGCUGCUCCUGCUGCAAGUCUGUGGGGUCCGCAUCCAGAUCGCCGAUGGUGGUGCGGUGAGUGGUGAGGCUGGUGUGGGUGGGUUCUGGCUGUUCUCGACAAUUCUUGAGUCCUCCCCCCACCAAUUUCUGCAGCCUGCGGAGUUCUACCUCCAGGUGGACCGCUUCAACCUGCUGCCCACAGAGCAGCCCCGGGUACCAGUGACCGGUUGCAACCAGGACCUGGCUGUGCAAAGAAAGCUCUAUGACUGCCUUGAGGACCACCUUUCAGAGUCCAACUCUUCCAAUGCAGGUCUAACACUGACCCAGCUUCUGGAUGAGGUACAGGAGGACCAGGAGCAUCGGGAGGCACUGGUGCGCCUGGCUGAGAGCUGCCUAAUAUUGGCAGGCCCUUGCACAGCACCCCCCCUCACCCACUGGGCUGCCUCUCGCUGCAGGGCUAUGGAAGAAGCCCUGUACACUGUUCCCAGCUUAUUGCUGCACAUCUCUGACAAUGACCAGCAAAUUCUGAACUCUCUGGGCACCAGUCAGAGAGCACAGGGAGCCCCUGCCUUACCUUGGCAUGAGCCGUUGGAAGAAAGCAGUGCCAGUGUCAGUCUUCUGCCUGCCCCAUCCUUGGCUGCUCCAGACCCAGUGGAGAGGGAUAGCUCCCAGCCCUCACCAACCAUCUGCUCAGCUCCUGGCCCCCUGCUCCCCAGUUCCCCACACUGCAGUUACACACACAACUCUACACACCUGAGCUGCACCCCCAGUCUCCUGUCCCUUGGCCAGGCGUCCAGUCCACGUUGGACUCAUAAUACCAAGCCCCAGAAGCCUAACCUAGAGUUUAAGGAGCAAGAGUUGACCCCCAACAACCAGCAGCCUUCUCCAAGGACCAGAACCAAGAGAGCCCAGGAGCCCUGUGCUGUGUGGGAUCCCCCCAAAAGGCAUCAUGAUGGUUCUGCCUUCCAGUAUGAGUACGAGCCACCUUGUGCCUCCCUCUGUGCCCAGGUCCAAGCUGCCAGGUUACCUCCCCAGCUUGUGGCUUGGGCUUUGCACUUCCUGAUGGAGCCAGAGCCAGAGUCUGAGCUAACUGAGGUGUGAAGGAUCAUGCGGGCACAUUGGUGGAUGUGCACACACAAACACAAGUCCAGGCGAGGACAAACAGUGUUCCACACUCUGAUUCCUUCAAGUUUUUUAAUAAAAUAAUUUCAUGCGGCA